AUGGUUGCGAGUCUGGGAGGUUUGGAUCUUCGCACGCGGCAACCUGUCACCGUGAAGGUGUGCACCCUCGCCCAUGCGAGGAAGGGAAAUGUCCUCACACGCGGGCCAGGAACAACUCCUCGUCCCAAAUACUGCAUAUCUCUUCCCAAUCUCAGCUGCUUGCCGAUGUCACCCGGCUCGAAGGCUCGAGGCCGCCGUCUGUCAGCUUCGCAAGUCCAGUUGGAGUCAGAUCUGAGCAUGCCCUGCUGCAAUCAGAUCCCUGUUGCGGCCUGGCAGCAGCUCGAAGGCGCCAUGUGGCCGAAGCUCACGAAGGUGAACUUCGGGUCGUGCUUCGACAAAGAGUCCAAGGGAGCUGAGGGCGCGGCGGGGCUUCUUGCGGCCCUCGCCCGCUGCCCCGAGCUGCAGGAGCUUCGGAUGCGCUACUGCGAUCAAAUCCCGGCUUCGGCGUGGCAGCAGCUCGAGGGCGCUCAUUGGCCGAAGCUCACGAAGGUGGACUUCGACGAGUGCUUCGACGAAAAUUCCAAGGGCGCCGAUGGCGUAGCCGGGCUCCUCACGGCCCUGGCCCGCUGCCCUGAGCUGGAGGACGCGAGCUCGUUGCGUUUGUAG